AUGACUUCGUCUACCCUGAAGGUGGUUUUAACUCCAGAACAUUUGGAACAUCUCAAUAAGCAUUUGCAGUAUUUAACACCACAAGAGAUCAUCAGAUGGGCAUAUGUGACGUUUCCCAAUUUGUUUCAAACCACAGCCUUUGGUUUGACUGGUUUGGUUACUAUUGAUAUGAUCUCCAAGUUAGAUUUCAAUGAAGAAGACGAAGUGAGAAAGCACCCUAUUGAUUUAAUUUUCGUUGAUACUCUUCACCAUUUUCCCCAGACUUUAGCUUUAGUGGAAAAUAUUAAACAGAGAUAUGGUCCAACAUUACACGUUUUCCAACCAUUAGGAGUUACCACUGAAACUGAAUUUGCUCAGAAAUAUGGUGAACAAUUAUGGGAAACAAAUGACAACUACUACGAUUACUUGGUGAAGGUUGAACCUUCCCAAAGAGCUUACAGUGAGUUAGGAGUGGUUGCAGUUCUCACAGGAAGAAGAAAAUCUCAAGGAGGCGCUAGAGGUUCAUUGCCAGUGAUUGAAGUCGAAGCUUCAAGUAACACAAUAAAAAUCAAUCCAUUUUGUAAUUGGGACUUCAAGCAAGUGAAACAAUAUGUUGAUGAACAUAAGGUUCCUUAUAACGAACUUCUUGAUCUCGGGUAUAAGUCUGUGGGGGACUGGCAUUCAACAGUUCCAGUAGCUGAAGGGGAAGAUGAACGUUCAGGUAGAUGGAAGGGUAAGGCUAAAACAGAAUGUGGAAUCCACGAAACAAGCAAAUUUGCUCAAUAUCUCAAGCAAAACAGUAAUUAG